AUGUUGGUUCAUGCUGCAGGAACAUAUGCAACAGUGUUACGAAAAGCUCCAAAUAAUUUUGUUAUUAUCAUGAUGCCCUCGAAGAAGGAGUUUUGUUUACCGGCACAGUGCAUGUGUACUGUUGGAAAGCUGAGUAAUGUAGAGAGUGGCAGUACUUCCAUUGGCUCUGCUGGAAAAAAUAGAGAAUUGGGCAAUAGGUCAAGAUCUGGUUUGUGGCAAAGAAAGAAGGGCUGUCAUGGUAGAAAAAUCAGAAGGCCUCCACCAGUAAGAACAAUUGUUGAUAAACCAAUAGAUAAUGUUGAACCAAUCCAACUUACCCUUACUAGACCAUUUAUAAAAAAUCUUAAUAAGUUUUUGCAGGGAAACAAUACUCAUAUUCUGCAAUUUGAAGAUAAAAUUAUGUACUGGGUUUUAGAAGAAGUUGCUCUUAUAGAAGAGAAAAUUAGAAGAUCAAGAAAUUGA